UCUCGACCGCGUUCCGUUGACAGCUGCUCGGAGAACCGCGGAGCCUCGGAGCGAUCGGAUCCGCGCCCCGGUGCCCGGCUCCCCUCUCCUGCCGAGCCGACGUCUCCGAUCUCCGGGGAGCACGAUGAGCGGCGACUCGGCGGCCUCCGCCUCGGGGGAGCCCCUGCCCCGGCUGUGCUGCCUGGAGAAGGGCCCGAACGGCUACGGCUUCCACCUGCACGGGGAGAAGGGCAAGCUGGGCCAGUUCAUCCGGCUGGUGGAGCCCGACUCGCCGGCCGAGAAGGCGGGGCUGCUGGCGGGAGACCGGCUGGUGGAGGUGAACGGCGACAACGUGGAGCAGGAGACGCACCAGCAGGUGGUGGGCCGCAUCCGCGCCGCCCCCGACGCCGUGCGCCUGCUGGUGGUCGACCCCGAAGCCGACGCCCGGCUGCAGAAGCUCGGCCUCCGGGCCCGCGCCCCCGACGGACCCCCCAGCGCCCCCGCCGAGCCCCAGGAGCUGCCCGAUGGCGCGCCCGAGAAGCGCCCCCCGGAGCGGCCCGAGCUUCGGCCUCGCCUAUGUGCCAUGAAGAAGGGCCCCAACGGGUAUGGCUUCAACCUGCACAGUGACAAGUCCAGGCCUGGCCAGUUCAUCCGAGCCGUGGAUGCCAGCUCGCCCGCCGAGGCCUCGGGGCUGCGUGCCCAGGACCGCAUUGUGGAGGUGAACGGGGUCUGCAUGGAAGGGAAACAGCACGGGGAUGUGGUGUCGGCCAUCAAGGCAGGCGGGGACGAGACCAAGCUUCUGGUGGUGGACCCCGAAACGGAUGAGUUCUUCAAGAAGUGCAGAGUGGUCCCCGCCCAGGAGCACCUUAAUGGUCCUUUGCCUGAACCCUUCACCAACGGGGAGAUCCGGAAGGAGAACAUUCCGGUAGCCCCGGCGGAGCCAGCCACCGAGAGCCUUAAGCCAGCCUUGGCGAGGUCCGCCUCCAGUGACACCAGUGAGGAGCUGAAUUCCCAAGACAGCCCCCCGAAACAGGAUGCCACGGCCCCCUCGUCUACCUCCUCUUCCUCCUCGGACCCCAUCCUGGACUUCAGCGUCUCCCUGGCGGUGGCCAAAGAGAGGGCGCACCAGAAACGCAGCUGCAAGCGAGCCCCGCAGAUGGACUGGAGCAAGAAAAACGAACUCUUCAGUAACCUCUGAGCACCUCACAGAGCCCCCUUUCCCACCCACCCCCCACUCACCCCCGAAUCUAUGCACCAAUCAGCACCAACAUCUACUCUUUAGGAGAAUCUGAUUUUUUUUUUCUUGGUUUUAUUUCCUUCAAAACUGUACUCUUUUAAACUUACCUCCAGGAAAAUGCCUGUGUCCAUCCUGCCCCAAUCAAAAAGCAGGUGUCCCCCCCCCCCAAAUUCACCCCUCAACGGCUCCCUAACCCCCAACAAGGCCACCCUACCCGGGAUAUUGUUGGCAUCUACAAUCCAGGACCAUGGGACCCUGCUGGGGAUGAGGGUCAGGGCGGAUCAAGGACAAGCUGAAAACUGCUCCACACCAGGACAUGUGAUCAUUUUGCGGGGAGUGGUUUGGAGGGUCUUUUUCCUGAUUUUAGUGGAUGUGAUUUUCUCCCCUGGCAGCGGUGCCACCUUUGCAUUUCUGCCCCACUUGCCCAUCUCUGAGCCAGGGCACCGCACUGUAAAGAACUUGGUCCAAAAUUCAGCUGUUUUCUUGAAAA